AUGAUGUUCCUUACACAGUUAUUUGGGGCUUUGGCCCUCAGCACGUUGGCGACUUCAUCGCCAACUAGCAACCAUCAAUCCAUCAAGCGUGCAUCGCUGCAGCAGGUCACCGACUUCGGUGAGAACUCGUCCAAAUCGAAGAUGUAUAUCUAUGUCCCUUCGAAGCUCGCUACAAACCCUCCGAUCAUCGUUGCAAUCCAUUACUGCACAGGCACAGCACAGGGGUAUUAUAGCGGAAGUCCCUACGCUCAACUCGCUGACCAGAAAGGAUUCAUCGUCAUCUACCCAGAGUCUCCCUACAGUGGUACCUGUUGGGAUGUCUCUUCUAAGAGUGCGCUUACGCACAAUGGUGGCGGUGACAGCAAUUCCAUCGCGAACAUGGUUACCUAUACUCUGAGCAAGUACAGCGGCGAUGCGACCAAAGUGUUCGUUACGGGAUCUUCUUCAGGCGCCAUGAUGACAAAUGUCAUGGCCGCAACUUAUCCCGAGCUGUUCGCGGCCGGUAUCGCAUACUCCGGCGUACCUGCAGGUUGCUUCGUCUCCGCAUCUGGCGGCGUCGAUUCUUGGAACAGCACCUGCGCGCAGGGUAAUUCACGCGCAACUGCUGCAAAGUGGGCGCAGGUCGUCCAUGACAUGUACCCGGGCUACAACGGUACCCGACCACGCAUGCAGAUCUACCAUGGUAGCUCUGACGCCACGCUUCUACCAAACAACUACAAUGAGACUAUUAAGCAAUGGGCCGGAGUGUUUGGCUACAACGAAAAUGCACCUGCAACAACAUUGGCGAAUAACCCUCAGAGCGGGUACACGAACUACACGUUUGGUGACCAUCUGCAGGGUGUCUACGCGCGAGGCGUCGGCCACACCGUCCCCAUCCGUGGCGCGGAUGAUAUGAAGUUCUUCGGGCUUUGA